GAUUCUCCUUUGCCUGUUUCAUCCCGUGUGUGUUUUGUAAAGUUCCAUGAUCCUGACUCGGCAGUUGUGGCCCAGCAUCUGACAAACACUGUAUUCGUUGACAGAGCGUUGAUAGUCGUACCAUAUGCAGAAGGUUUGUGAAUUGUUUAAUGGUCUAUGAAGCCACCGUACGAUGGCAUUUUAUUUCAGUAUAGCUCACAAAAAUGAGGGUUAGUAAAAUGUCAAACAUGUAAGACGUUAACAUUUUGAAACCCUUGGUAUAUUGCCAUUGGCCCAUGGAUUAAAUAAUUUUUUAAAUCUAGUGACACUGAAUGAAGGUGGAAAGUUUACCUCUUAAUGGUUUUGUGUGUCUUUAAGUUUAGAAUAUUAACGCUUUAGGCAGAAUUAUUUGCAAAUUUUGCCCUUUAUCUGUCUCAAUGAGACAUUUUCCUAAACAGACUUAUGCAAGCAGGUCAACAUUUUAAGGAAAUUUUGCCUUAAUAAUUGAAGUGUUUGCCACUUGUACGUAGGCAUAAAUCUCUUCAUGAGGCUGGUGUCUCCCUCCCUGAGAGCGGGGGAGAGUGGAUUAACAUUUCUCUGAGAGAUGCUGCCACUGCCUUUAGUUGGGAACUUCCCUGAAAAGGCACUCGCUCUCCUUGUGAAGUCCAGUAUACCAAGGGUUUGAAUAAUUACGGUUUAAUUUGAAAGUGAGAUCUUCCAAGAGGUGCCAAAUGGGCACUGGUACUAGUUUUUUUUUUUAUUCCAAGUUUUCUUGUUCAUCCUUGAUAUAUUUUAUAGAAUUUCACUAAAUAAUAAACUCUUCUCUCUGUUAUUUGUGUGUGUGAUUUUUGUAGUGGAGAAGGCAAAUGCAAAGCCCUUCCAGAUGACUGAAAAACAGUGGGUCCUCUGCAGCUACAGGGGAUUCUAGACAUUAACUAAAGGCCAGCAAGCACUCAAGUCCCCAAGUGUUUUCCUGGUGUAACCACUUGUUAACUACAUUUUCUCUUCUUCUUUUUAUUUUUACAUUUUAGGGUGUUACAGUAAUUUGAAAGGCAAUGAGCAGGGUUUUUGGAACUUACCUUAAAAACAAAGUGCUGAGAAGACACCUCUUCUUACAGAAGUCUUAUUAAACUCUUCUAGACUUGCUUUAGAAGUAACUGAUUUCCAUUGUACUGUUUCUUGAUUUACUUCUGAAAUAAUGGAUUUUCCCAGAUCGUUUGAAUUAAAUAAAAUCUCUGCAGGUUUAAGUCAUACUAGAGUAAUAAAUUUGGUACAUGGCCUGGGGUCAGACCUAUAAUCAAGACAUUGUAAUGCUGUAGGCUGUCUUUUGAGGCCUGGGGAGCUGUCUUACCUUUGUAUUCCUUAAAAGAUACGAAAACUUAAUUUGUGGGGUGUAGGAAUCUGCAGCAUGACGUUUGAUUGAGCCGUGCUGCUUUUGGAGAGCACAGAACGCAUUCUGAAAUUACCACCGAGUUACUGUUUGCUCUCGCUAGUUUAGGUAUAAUGAUAGCAUAGUAGAGAGGCAUCUUGUCCUUGUCUUUGUAUUAAAGAAUUACAUAGCAGCAGUCCCUCCGAGUUAGUACUGAAAUACUCUCCAAGGCCCAUGGCGACGAAUGUUCGUGUUUAACUUUUCCAAUAAGGAUGAAAACAUUUUUCUCUUUGUCAGUCUGACUUUGUCCAUUGUGCUUGAUGGUGGAUAAAUCUGGCACAUAGAGAAAUCUGCCCAGUAGUUUUGGUUCAGAUUGUGUAAAGAAAAUAAUCAAGUAGAAUGUUUUAACGGGCCUGUUUAAAUCAAGGAGUUCCUCAUGGGCUGUUUCUUGUGGUGUUCUAGCGGUUCAGAAUGUCGAUGCUUUUGGCAUAAUGAUGUGGCAAUAUCACAAGAGAUAUAUGUUCAGCCAAGAAAGUUAUGCCCCCUGGUUCUGUAAUCACAUGCUUUUGUCCCUGCACUGGAGUAAGAGUUUUCCCUGCAAAUGCGAACUGCCGGGGUCCCAAUUCAACAAGCUGUUUAAGCACGAUACAGCAAGAUUCUUAAAACCCUAGUGAAAUUGCUCAUGUGCUUAAAGCCAGGCAUAUGCUUAACUACUGUGCUGAACUGGGCCCUUUUAUCUUUUAUUUUCUAUUGUGAUAAUUCUGUAUGAAUUUUGCCUGUCACUAAAGUAAAUGUUUAUUAUCUGUUUAGUGCGAUAAUUAUCCCCUAUAUCACAAGCGCACUCCAGUUUUAGCAUACACAGACAUUUUGGUGUUGGCUGUUGCUUUGUGUUAUAGAACUAUACACAAAGUCUACGGUAAGGUUUAGUAUUUGUAAUUUUCACUGUGAUAUUCCUAGAUUUGGAAGGAACUCUAAGGUUAAAGAUGGCUGGGGGGGGUAUUUAGGUUCUUUGGUUAAUGUUUGUUUCUUUUGUCUGUUUCUUUUUCUUUCAUUUCUACACAUUCAUGCAGUAUUUCAUGGUUGUAACAAAGCAGCAGUAAAAAAAACUCUUGAAGCAUGAAAAUUAACUGGUGAGGGGCCUCAUUGCUUUUUUUAAAAAAUUGUAGUUUUAUUUAUUUCUAAAUACUUUUUAAAAAAACAAUUAGAGGAUCGGAUGCAUGAUUUUUUUUUUUUAAUGGAUGCAGAUCUUCUAUGAGGUGUCUCAAGAUAAGUCUGAGGAUUUGUAUUUAGAUGCCAGAAAUGUUGUAGUUGCACUAAUUUGAAAUGUUUAGAUAUAAUUUAUAAAUAUCCUCUGAGACAUAAUUUUGCAUGCAAAAUUACCCCAUAAUCUCUCUGUAGGUAUGUUAAUAUAUUUAUGCAUUACUGCCCUUUAUCUAAAUGACCUUUUUCCCCCCUCUCCCUCCAUAACUUUUGGUAUCUAAAUUGAUGACAGCUCAAUGACACAAGCAAGAUAACAGUGCUGUGUAUUAUACAUUUGUUUAUAUUAUCGGCACUUCUCAGUAUAGGUGGAAGGAACCAUUACCUUUAUUUAACAGUGGUUUUUCUUUUUUGUUGUUGUGUUUUACAGUUCUUUUCCCUGGUUCAGCCUGAACUAUAUACCAGGCCCUGCUGAAAAUACCACCCAACAGUUUUCUUCUGCAGCUUAUCCAGUUUCUCUUAAGUGCCCUGUACAUAUUUGAAGCAGCCGACACGAGUCGUUGUUCAUAAAACAGCUUUUGAAAGUUGAGAGCACACCCCUGGAGAACCGACUGUGCUUGCUUACGUUUGGUUCAUGACUUAAAAAUCGAGUACAGGUGAUGAAAUCUUGGCAGUGUUAACAAAAAAGUAGUGUGUAUUGUGCUAUUUUUUUGCCUAGAAACUUAACCAUUUGUAGAGAAAAAGGAACAGUCAAAUUUUCACACAUUGAAGUUUCAUUCUGACAAAAAAUUAAUGAUAAAUAUUAAUAGACAUCAAGCUUUGUAUUUUAGCCAACAUAAGUACUUUCAACAAACUCAGGUGGUGUAUCAGGGAGACAUUUUCUGGGUGUAUUUGUGUAUUUUCUGCCUUUGAAACGGGAUGCGUUCUAAUGCAAGGCUAUUUCUCUGCAGGAGUUAUUCCUGAUGAGACUAAGGCUUUGUCUCUCUUGGCACCAGCCAAUGCUGUGGCAGGUCUGCUGCCCGGAGGUGGACUCCUGCCUACUCCCAACCCACUUUCUCAGAUUGGUGCUGUUCCUUUAGCUGCUCUAGGAGCUCCUGCUCUCGAUCCUGCCCUAGCUGCUCUUGGGCUUCCUGGAGCAAACUUAAACUCUCAGUCUCUUGCAGCAGAUCAACUACUGAAACUUAUGAGCACAGUGGAUCCAAAGUUGAACCAUGUAGCUGCAGGUCUUGUUUCACCAAGUCUGAAAUCAGAUACCUCCAGUAAAGAAAUAGAAGAAGCUAUGAAAAGAGUACGAGAAGCACAGUCAUUAAUUUCUGCUGCUAUAGAGCCAGACAAAAAAGAUGAAAAACGAAGGCAUUCAAGGUCAAGGUCACGCUCAAGGAGGAGGAGGACGCCUUCUUCAUCUAGACACAGGCGGUCAAGAAGCAGAUCAAGGAGAAGGUCCCAUUCAAAAUCAAGAAGCAGGAGGCGAUCUAAAAGUCCAAGGCGAAGAAGAUCUCAUUCCAGAGAGAGAAGCAGAAGGUCUAGGAGCACAUCCAAAACCAGGGAUAAAAAGAAGGAAGAGAAAGAAAAGAAACGUUCUAAAACUCCUCCCAAAAGCUACAGCACAACUAGACGAUCAAGAAGCACAAGCAGAGAAAGACGACGUAGAAGAAGCAGGAGUGGAACACGGUCACCUAAAAAACCCAGGUCUCCUAAAAGGAAAAUGUCCCGGUCCCCAUCUCCAAGAAGACAUAAAAAGGAAAAAAAGAAGGAUAAGGACAAGGAGAGAAGUAGAGAUGAGAGGGAGCGGUCAACAAGCAAGAAAAAAAAAAGCAAAGACAAAGAGAAGGAUCGAGAACGAAAAUCCGAGAGCGAUAAAGACGUGAAACAGGUCACAAGGGAUUACGACGAAGAAGAACAAGGAUACGACAGCGAGAAGGAGAAGAAGGAGGAGAAGAAAAUGGCUGAUUCUUCCUCCCCAAAAGUGAAGGAGUCUGCGGGUGACAAAGGAAGCGGAGACUCGGCCAGGGAAUCCAAAGUCAACGGGGAUGAUCACCAUGAAGAGGACAUGGAUAUGAGUGACUGAGUUUUGCCUUUGCAGUGAGCACCGCUGCAGACGUGCAUCAGUGUCAUUCCUGUGUGAUUCUUUUAUGCUGUACUCGUUAAUCCUAAACCUAGAUGUAUACAGCUCUAAGCUAGACUUGGUUUGUAAAUCUCCUGAUACUAACUCACAUCAAAAGCUUUCUAGAAAGGUAACCAUCCUCGUGACGGCCCAGAGGGAUCGCGUAGCCAAGCGAUUUUUACUAACUUGGUGAUGCUUUGAGCAAAAGUACAAAGCUGCAUGCAUCUACAGCAGGCAUGGACUGUUUGUUGUAUGAUCUCCUUUAGUAAAUCAGCUCACUUAUAGUGUUUCUAGAAUUUGAUUCAUUGCAGUAAUAGAGCAGUAUAGGGAAUGCACUGACUGCAUGUUGAUUGUGGCAGAAACAUCCUCAAUGUUCUCAAGUCCUACAGCAUAUGGUGGAUCUACUUAAGGGUCUUAAGUGUGACUACACGAAAAAAAUCAACAGUACAUCUGAAAAUAAGCAUUCUGAUAUAGAUAGUUUUUUGUUCUUGGGUUUUUGGUUUUGUUUUUUUUUUUUUUAAGCCACGUGGCUGGGGUUGGUUGGUUUUGUUUUGUUUUUUCCCGGUGGGUUUUGUUUGGCUUUGACAAAGUUAAAAUGCACUAACCUUUUUGAGGGCUUUUUUUUUUUUUUUUUUUUUCUGUCAGUUCAACUCCAUCUCAGGCUGGUUGUUAAUGGUUCUUAACUUUUCUUCUGGAGCCUUGGGAAGUGAAAAAUCUCUGCUUGAUCAGUGCCCCGUGAUUAAAGGUUGAUUUGUGCAGUUUUCAUAAUCCAGGUCCUUUUGUUAACGAGCUAAAGAAACACGUUGCAAAAAGGGUAGUGCAUUUUAAAAUUGACCUUCGUAUGCUUUUAAAAGCAAGUCUACUUGAUAAUGUACUUUUUACUUGAUCUCAAGUUGUAUAAACUAAUGAAUUUGUGUUUACUGUCACUGCAGUAGUAAUCUUAUGCACACAGUGAUUCCAUGUUAUAUGCAAAGUAGUUAGGCAAGCUGUUUUCUUAGUUACAGAAGUUCAAGAGCUUUUACUUUUGUGCAGGUAAAAAGACAAAAGUAGGCUACAGUCUGUGCCAUGUUGAUGUACAGUUUCUGAAAUUGUUUUACAAAAACUUUGAUAAUAAAACCCUUAAACUUAUACUCGUGUUCCUAUAAAACUCUGCUGGUAUUUAUUUACACCAAUGAAUGUAUAAAACUUUACCUCAUUCAUUUAGAAUAUACAAUUUUUUUUCUUCAUUACCUAUUUUAAAAAGACCGUAACGGCUCCCAUCUCUUCAAGAGCUGUGAGUGCAGUGAUGCAGCUGGGAGCUGCCAUUUUAGCUCUGGUUAAGGGUGUUACACUGAAAGAAUUGCUCUACUUUUUGGGGGGGGGAAUGGUGGGAAUGGGCUUAAACGGGCAUCUAGAGGUAUUACAGGACAAGUAAUUUUAAAAAGAAACGUGUAUUUGUAAAAAUUUUUUUGUAUUUUCAUUGAAAUAGGAACAUUUACCUCUGGAGGAUGGUAAUGGAAGACGAGCAGAAAGGGGAAGCAGGGAGUGCUUUGUGCAGCUGGAGCAGGCUGGUCCCGGCGCCUCAACUCCCUGCGUUCAGUUUGGGAAUGAAACUGUAAGUGGUGCUUGAACUUCCUGAAUCGGGGGAGUCAAACCACCUGCUUUUUAAACUGUCCUUCGGCCCUAGGCAAAGUGAACCUGCCAUUUAGAUAAGCCGUGUCAUUUUUAGACUUUGUAGAAAUGUAAAUUUUUACUGACUGUUUUGCGUAUUUUGUCAAUACAGAGAGGUCUAUGUCACACAACCCGUUCUAGGCUUUUAUUUCUAGUGGGGAGAGAGGGAUUGUUCUUGUAAUAAAAUAUAGACGCAGACAAGGUGCAUGAUGUCGUCAUGGAUGUGCCUUUUUUGUUGUCAUCAAGAUAUUUAUAUGUGAAGUACAAGAACAUAAACCAAUUUAUAGUAAUAAAGUAAACUCCUUGA